AUGUUCUUCUUGGAUCGGUUUCGAGGACGACGUUUAAUUAUCACUGGUGCCCUUGUUUUCAUCAUUGCGGCCGUUGCUCUGAUACUUACAUCCCUUAAAUUCGAGCCAAAGCCAAUAUGGGUACCCCACUACGAGUCAGCCGCUCUAUCGUUGGAUGAACAGACCAUUGAAUGCACAUGCUCCAAUCAAGGACCCCAUUGGCAUGCUGUGUCAGGGGCAACGAAUGACGGUGAUUCGACUCCUGUUAUUGUGCCCGAGUCAUUACCGAAGCCAGGUGCCGAUGUGCUAGCCAAGAUUGAAGCCAACCGACGAGAGGAUAAUGUACUGGUUAUUGCAACAGCCAACUAUGGUAUGCGAGAGUACUUGUACAACUGGAUCGAAUCACUUGGUCGAACACAGCAAGAUCAGCAAUACUUGGUCUUUUGUUUGGAUGAUAAGCUGUACCAGCAUAUGGUGGCAGCUGGCUAUCAAGACCAUGCGACUCAGGUUCCAGAAAAUUGGUUUCACGAUCCAUCGUCUUCCGAGUUUGAGGAUUACUUUUCGCCACGCUAUCGAGCCAUCACUCACGCCAAAACGAUCAUUGUUCAACAAUUACUCUAUCUCAACACAACAGUGCUCUUCUCAGAUGUGGAUAUCGUUUGGUUACGACCGGGGGCAGUGGAUUAUAUCAUGUCAUUGGACCCAUAUCAGGAGUUGGAUGCUCUCUUUCAAUUGGAAGGCGCGUUUGAUCACGAAGUCAACACGGGCUUUUAUUUAAUGCGACCCACCUAUGCCAUGAAACGAUUCCUCGCUCAAGCAAUCUAUCUCCAAGACACCUCACCCGAAAAAAUGACCCAGCAAGGCGCGAUCAACAGGAUUAUCGAUUCCAUUGCAGAUCAGAUUGCUCUAUUGGAUGUUGCUUUCUUUCCAAACGGCUUGGUUUAUUUCGAUGCCAACAUUGCUCGUGCUCGAGGUGUGAAACCUUACAUCUUGCAUGCUAAUUAUCGAGUUGGUGCCGACAAGAAAAAUGAACUUUCCAGCCGUGGUCUUUGGUAUCUUGACGAGAAAUGGUUGGCUGAUUUGGAUACACGGAUCGAUCCUCCUCCUUCUCCUCCUACUUGA